AUGCAAACAACGUAUCAAAUUGGACUGGGAUUACUAGCACUGGGCACAAUGUCUGCUGUUAUUAAUCUCGGCAUCCUGGGACAAGCGAUUCAAGCGCCUUUUGCAGCGUUUACACUCAUUUACACGGCACUUUUAGGUCGUUUUGUCUUGCAUGAAUGCUAUGGAGUUUAUGAUUUCGUGUCCAGUCUAUUGAUUCUAUCGGGUCUUGCAAUUCAUAUCUCUACGGCUGCUCAAGAUGAUGGAACAAUUAUUACGGGACACACAGUAUCAUAUACACUCGAGUCACUUGGUCAUUUAUUCAUGCGAGAUUCAUUCUUGCCAUUGGGUUAUACACUUGCUACACUCAUGUAUGCAGUUUUAUUACUACGUCGAGUAUGGACGGAUAAACUACAACGUCAUCCAAUUGGACUAUUGGCAUUUAGUUCCUGUGCGGGAGUGAUGGCAGGUUUUACGUCCUUCGCUACCAAGUCUGUUGUCGAAGUGACCAAGACGGCACUAAGAGACGAAGAUUGGUUGGUCUUUGUCAAUCCAUUCUUUGUUCUAUUGGUGCUUGCUAUUCCAUGUGCAUUAGUACCGCAGCUGUUUUUCCUGAAUAAGGGACUCGAGUUCUUUGGCACGUUGAAAUUCAUUCCAUUGUAUCAAGCUUUCAUCAUCAUUGGUAACAUGAGCUGUGGAUUGAUUUUUUUCAAUGAAAUGGCCAACUACAGCACGACGGCACUGACAUGCUUUAUGGGAGGUGCGAUGAUCACGAUCUGUGGUGUCUGUGUAUUGCUGGUCAAGGGUGAUGUUCGGACGAGUAGUACGGACGUCAAACGAUCGAAUGCAGUGAAGGCGGAGAUCCUAGAUUACGAAAGCAAGGAUAAAGCAUGGCUCAAAACAGACUUUACAUUUGAGCAAAUGAAAUGGGCCACAGAGUGUGACGGAUCGAUAUCAGACGCAUUGCGCGUGUGUCGCGAUUUCUGCGAGUGUCAAGAGGCUAUUGUGGAGCUUUUAGUGUCCGCACGCAAGUCAAUUUACUACUCGACGUUCUUGUGUGACUUUACUCAGGUACUCCACACUACAAACAAGGAGCAAACGGGUAGCACAUUUGUGUCACUCGUGCGGGAUGCUGUUAAUCGUGGCGUUGAUGUUCACAUUUUGUAUAACCCAGUGCGUGACUAUGGAACUAAUUCAAUUGCCGAUUUGCGUCGCAUCUUGCCGCAAAAAGUGCAUUUCGCUUGUUCGGUCAGUGAUUUGGGUCCGAGCUGGUUUACGCGCUACUUGUCAAACAACUCUCGCUAUGCUUUCCAUCACCAGAAGUAUUUGUGCGUUGAUGAGGAAAAUAUCAUGGUCACUGGCUGUGACGUGAACACUGAGCGGGAGGGCUGGUUGCGUAAGAAUCAUCUUGGGUACUAUUGGCACGAGCUCAGUGUUAUCUGCCGUUGCACCCGUGAGAUGGUUACAUGGGUCAAGUCCAACCACCAGCCCGCAGAGAAAAAGCGUUGCUAUGAUCAAUUCAUGGAAUCCCCGCCGUUUCCGCUUGUAUCUGGAGGUUGGCGAGAAGAGAAUUGUAUGGUCAAUAUGAUUAUGAACGCGAAGCACUCCGUGCAGUUGGAGAGCCAAAUCAUGAUCUCGGGUGGCUCUCUGCAGCACAACCGUAUCUGCCCUGCAAUCGUUGCUCGUAUUAGCCAAGCUUGCCGCAAGGGCGAACCAUUUCACGCCUUGAUUCUGACAAAUGCAGCACAGAAAGAUGAACCGUCGUAUUUGGCACGCACAUACUGCUCGCUUUCCAUCCAGUGGUCGCUGGAACAGCUCGAAGAUUGCGCGGUAGCUCACGGUCUUACGUUGGAUGAGCUGUGGCAGCAUCUUCAAGUGGGGCGUCUUGAGCACGACGGUGUGUCGAUCAAAGUACAUUCCAAUAUCCUCAUUGUGGACGGAAAGUAUGCGCUAAGAUCGUCUUCGAAUCUGGCCGACCGCAGCCUUAGUGCACGUCCGAAUGACACAGAGCUGGGUGUGCUGUUUUCAGGGCCUCGUGUGAAAGAAAUGCAGCAAGACCUUCUCAACAUGUACUUGGGUACGACAGGCGAGAGUUACUCAUGGAGUCAAGUAUUUCAGAACAUCCGGGGCACUGGAACGAAGAAAUCAGCUGGAGUGGUAAUACCGCUGGAGAAGAAAACAUGGAGUCCUAUAUUCACGUGGUUUAUGAUGAAUGUUUUCAUCUACCUCAGUGAAGGCGCUACUGGUGGCCGAGUCAAAGUGUCUUACGAAACCACGGUCAUUGGUGCUGAUAAACAUGAAUACGAGACCUAA